GGGACAACAAGGCAAGAAAAGAACGAUGAAUAUAUGAUCAAGAUUUAUCCCAUGCCCUGGACACGCGCUAGCCCAUGGUUGGCUGGUGUGUGGCUGGGCUACAUCUUCUACCGACAAGGCAACACCAGAUACAAGAUGAACGCUCUGACAGUGUGUGUGGGUUGGACGGUGGCUGCAAUGACGGGGCUGCUGGUGGUGUUUGGCAUGUUCAGCUACAACAGAGUGAUGGUGCCCAUGCCCUAUGAGGUGAUGACGCAGGUGGUGUAUGGCGGCGGGCACCGGCUGGCCUGGGGUGUGGCACUGGCAUGGGUGGUGUUUGCCUGUCACAAUGGCUAUGGAGGUGUGGUGGACGGGUUCCUGUCUCACCCGGUGUGGCAGCCCAUCAGUCGCCUCACCUACACCACCUACCUGCUGGCACUGUCCCUGCAGAGCAUCAUCAUCUACAACACCAGCCAGGGUGGCACAUACUACUUCACACACCUCAACACGCUCAUCUCCACGGUGGGGGCGGUGGUGGUGACGCUGCCGCUGGCCCUGCUGCUGUCCCUGCUGGCUGAGUCCCCCGUGGUGGGCCUGGAGCGAAUGCUGCUGAGGCCCAACCACAGCACACCGCGGCCUGCGCCACCCAGUGAAGGGAAGGCUGCCUCACCACCACCUCCCACCCUCGAUGGUGACAGUGCAAAGGCAGGCACCAGCACCACCACCACCAUCACCACCACCACCACCAAUGGAGUUGGCUUCUCUAACCCUGUCUUCACUGUGGAGGAGGCCAUGGAAAGCUGAGGUGUGGCUGGGGCUGUGGCCAGUCAUUAAAUGAACCCCCUCCCCCCACCAAGGAAAAUGUUACUACUAUAUAUCAUUACUACUACUACUACUACUACUACUACUACUACUACUACUACUACUACUACUACUACGAAAUCCUUUCCGGUGGCUGGGUGGGGGACUGGCCAGCCAGCCACAGGGAGUCCCCACAGUGGUUGUGAAAUGUUGUUCAUGUUGUUAAGUUGUAACUCAAUCUGUUCUGCUUGCUAAGUGUUACAAUGAGGCUGUACAUAUUGAUGGGAAAACAAUUACUGAGGUCAAGAGAGAGUGCGUCUCAAACUGUCCUGUGGGCUCAGCUGUGAUGCACGUCAUGAAAAAUACUAUUUAUUCUCA